AUGUUGUCAACCACCCUCCUCAUAGUCGCCGCCCUCGCCGCGGGCGCAAACGCCCACUUCCGUCUCCUCGCACCCACAUGGCGCGGUAGCUCCUUUGAGGAACCAGCGAGCCAAUGGAUCUACCCCUGCGCCAACGUGAACGAAACAACCGACAUGGCGAACCGAACUCUCUGGCCCCCCACCGGCGGCUCCACCAUAAUCAACGGAUCCCACACCUCAGCCCUCACCUCCGUGAACCUAGCCCUCGGCAGCAACGCCACAAACUUCAACAUCACCCUCCUGGAAAUGUUCAACCAAACCGGCGCCGGCGUGUUCUGCAUGAAGGAAACCGGGAAAGCGAAUCUGGAAGAAGGGUUCAAGGCGGCGGGGUAUAGUGGGCUGGAUGAUGAGCGGAUUAAUGGGUUGAUGGCGACGGUCCAAGUUAUUCAGUUGGGGCAUAGUGGGAGUGCUUUGUAUAAUUGCGCGGAUAUCAUGUUCAACGCUACGGCGGAGUUGCUGUCGGAUGAUCAGUGCCAGAAUGGGACGGAUGUUAGUGGUGUGGCGAUUGCGAAUGUGGGUUCUGCGACGGAAGAAGGUGGCGAUGCGGCGGCGUCGCCUGCGCCGACUGGUGCGGCGGGUAGGCUUAGUCCUGUUGUUGGAAGCGGGAUGGUCGCGGCGGUAUUGGCUUGGGCGUUGUUGUAG